AUGAAUCAUCAAUGUACUUGUGGAGAUUCACACAGUGAAAGUGAUCUUGGCGUACAGUACAAUUUAUAUCAAAAAAUAAAUUUAGAAAAUGUUGAAUGUUUGAAUGAGUAUCAAGAAAAUACUGGUAAAUGUGUUUUUAAACCUUGGGAAGAACGAUUGAAUCAUGAUAAGUUUGUUGAAAGUGAUGCUGAUGAUGAACUUCUUUUCAAUAUUCCAUUUACUGGAAACGUUAAACUAAAAGGUUUAAUUGUAAUGGGAGGUCCAGAUGAUUCAAGCCCUUCUAAAGUAAAAUUAUUCAAAAAUAAACCAAACAUGACCUUCGAUGACGCAGAAUUGGAACCAGACCAGACAUUUGAAUUGUGCAAGGAUGACUAUGGAGUUCAUGAGUAUCCAAUCAGGGUCGUAAAAUUUUCAUCGGUACAUCAUUUAACUCUUCAUUUCUCUGGUAAUAAUGGUGCUGAAAGGACAAGAAUUGAUUACAUUGGCUUUAAAGGUGAAUGGACACCACGACAUCAACACGGUGUAACUAUUUGUGCUUAUGAAUCACGACCACAAAUCAGUGAUCAUGUUUCUGACUUAAAUAUCAUAACCAAAGAAAUUCAAUGA